AUGAAUUUUCAAGACUUUUCAGAUUAUUUUAAAACGGUUGUAAUUCUCUAUGUUAAUCUGAACCAAGCACUUGGAACGGGUCCUCAAGAAUGGAAUCUACUUAGUUUCCAUGGCAGCUGGAAGGCGGGAAGCACCGCAGGCGGAAACACUACACUUGCUACAUAUUGGACUAACCCUCAAUUCCAGAUUAAAUUGGAAGGGCUCGCUGAUUCUACCACAAAGACUGCAAAAGUGGCCAUUGCGAUGAUGCAAAAGGAUCGCAGAAGACAGAAAAUCCACGGGGUGAAACAGUACACUAUUGGGUGCAAUGUGUAUAAACUGGAGGAAGACCAAACGCCUCCUUUUGGGAAAGAUUUCUUUGAAAACAACAAAGGUCUUGCUACAGAUUGUCUUUAUUGCCGUGAAAUUUGCAAAUGUUUUGAGUUACCUACUGGACGAUAUCUGGUUGUUCCAUUUACCAAAAAUGCUGGAGAAGAAGCAGACUUUUGCAUCCGUGUCUUCACUGAAAAUAAAGCUGGAGCUCUGGAAGCAAGGCAACUGGUGAAAAUAGAUGAAUUCAAGCCUCCUGAAGUCAAAGAAAAUGUUCCUGUAGAGAGUGAAACAUGUCCAGGGGAGCUGGAAAACGAGGUUAAAGAACUGAGUGCGCAGACACUCAACACCAAACUGAACGCAAUCUUUAAAGAAAGAGCUGAUGUUAAAUCAAAUGGAUUUUGUCUGGAUACAUGCAAACGAAUGGUCAAGCUUAUGGAUCUUGAUCUGACUGGGACACUCGGCAUUAAAGAAUACGUCGCUCUCAAGGAGAAACUGGAGUUCUAUACAAACAUUUUCAGUCUUGUGGACACAAACUUAUCUGGAACAAUCGACUCGCUUGAAAUGGGGAACGCUUUACUGAAAGCAGGGUUUUUUGUUAAUGAGAAAAUCCGGGAUCUCAUUGUCGAGAAAUACUCGUCAGAGAACCUGCCUCUGGAUUUUGAUAAUUUCAUUGCCAGCAUGAUACACCUGGAAACCAUAUUCAAAAUGUUUAAGAUUCUAGAUAAAGGAAACAAUGGCUCCAUUAAUCUGUCCUUGUCUGAGUGGCUCUGUGCUGCCCUGGCCUAAUAUUGGACAGAAAUGACUCAAUGACGCAACUAAAUUUAAGCG